GCGUUUGGUGGCCAGACCAGACAGCAGACGAGAGUGGACCCUGGUCAGCUGCAGUGCAAGACUGUCAGUCAGUAGUAUGUGGAAACUGCUGGUUAUCGCUGUUGUUUGUGUGCAGCUGUGCUGUGCACAGUACCCGAGGUAUCUUCGUUUCCCGGUUGGCAGAGGUGACGACACCAAAUGCCAUGACAACCAGGUUGACAAGAAGUACAACAUCGGUGAUGUCUGGAGUUCCCCAUUCUCUGGCUGUAAACAGAGUCACUGCGUCAAGGACGACGGCGUUCUUUACAUUGACAGAUUCCAGUGUCCGUCGGUGAGAAAGCAGGUGGACUUCAAGAAGCUGAAGGCCAACAAUCUGUUCUGCCGCGAGGCUCGAGGAGAUAGGAGGAAGGAGUUUCCCGACUGCUGUGCCCGCCUUGUCUGUAAACACUACGUGGACGGCAAGCUUGUGCCGCUGCCGGCGCACAAAUAUCCCCUGCUCUAGUCAGGGCUGGAAUAAAGCUACAUUUGCUGGAGUGCGAACCAAGGAUGCUUGAAUAUUCAUCCGUGUGUGCACUUUUGGUGCAGCCUGAUGUGCCUAUUGCUGCGUGGGCUUUCAGUGCGAGUCUCGUGAUAUUGGUGUAUUGUCUUUUUAUACCAUUUGGUGCACACAAAUAUCACUUUUUAUUUAUUGAUCGCCUGUUGUGUUCGGCACCGAUCUGAUGCUCAGGAAAAUAUAUUUUCGAAUCCGAGUAAUCGGCACUUCUCGUGACAUCAGGUUGAACCAUUAUCUAUAAUUUCGUCAUCUAUUUCGGCGCUUUGAUUAUCCCUACAACGACGAAAUGCUUGCGAGGGCUAUGGCCAGUUCGAUACAUUUUUACCAACACUGUGCACUCAAAACGCAGUGGAAUCAAGUUCCUGAUGGAAGCGUAUAUAAACCUUACAUACACAACUUUCAUAUCCUGACUAAAGUCUGCAACAAAAACGGGAAAAAUCACACAAUCGUUUCGUCCUCUGUGUGACAGACUGGUAGCAGCUAUUUGGGCAGUGAAACUUUCAUCAAUGCAUCGUCGCUAUUAGUCACGUUAUACUCAGGACAGGAUAGUGUGACCGAUAUAAAAGCAUACAUCACUGAGGUUUCUGACAGCCGCAUUCCUGCAGCUUGCGUUCUGAAAUUCGACGAUUUUUAUAUAUCUGACUUUCACCAGACUUGUCAAAAUGACUUUGGGAAACGUGUCGUGGCCAGUCACUGGCUGUUAAAAGAGUGUAUUCCGUCCCGGCUUUUCGACGCCACCCGGUCGAUGUAUGACUUAAAUGAAUUGUAAAACGGUUCACUACAUCAGCAAUGUUCACCUGUAGGUGAUAUUUAAACUUAUGAACGGCUCAGAGUGGCUUAAAGAACAUAAAUUUGGGAAGUUUGCGUACUUAACUGUCGACAUGAGCGAUGCUGAAGGUAGAAGUAGGCAAAGUUAGUCAACAGGCUAUCAGUAAAGUAAAUCCGUAAAACUGAAAAAGCUAGCACAAGAUGAGACUUUUUCGGCUAUUCGUUAUUUUAUAAAAUGUACAUCAUUGAUAUCUUUCAACGUCAUUAACGAUAUUCGGCUGGACUCUUGGUGCCCAUCGUCAUUUGAUCGGACAG